GCACUCAUUUCAGUUGCUCACGAGGAGAUCGCCGGUGAGGUAUCUCGCUAACCACAGAUACGAUUUAUCUCAGAGCAAUGCAAAGGCCUCAAAAUACCGACAGUCAGCUCAUUUUGGUGCAAAAGAAUUUACGAACACUGCCCCCGGAAUUAGUUAGGAAGCACGCUGAUCAUGUAGAGCAACUGGAUCUAAGUCACAAUUGUCUAAAGGAUCUGUCUUGGUUGGCGGACUUCGAGCAGCUGCGUCAUUUGGUGCUGGACAGCAAUCGCAUGCAUGAGGCUCAUUUGAGGACACUGACUUGCCCACUGCCACAAUUGGAAGUACUGAUGCUCAACAAAAAUGAGUUCAGUGACCUGCCGACGACAAUGCGACUGAUCAGAAAGUUCUUUCCCAACCUGCAGUAUUUGAGCCUCCAUGGCAAUCCGAUCUGCCCGGAUGGCUUGGAACUGCAGCCGUUCUCCACUUACCUGCGCUACGACUACGAGUACUACAGCAACUACAUUGCACAGUCGCUGAGCAAACUGAAAUUUCUGGAUCAUGGACUGGUUCAACGCACCUACAAAUACGAAAGUUUUCCCAUAAAAAAUUACAAUGGCAAACAGCUUAUCCAGACGACAAGUGUCUAAAAUUAUUAGCAAAUAAGACUAUUUAACCUAUGUUAUUUACAUUUAAUGAAGCGAAUUUCCUAUAUUA